AGAAACACACCUCCCCACAUACGCACGCGCACGCACAACAAGAAACUAAAGUAUUUCAAAUAUCAAACUAAGUAUUUCAGAUAUUAACACGUAAUGCAUAUCCUAAUACGAGUUGUAGCAAAGGGUAGAAAAAAUGUAUACAUAUAUAUGCAUAUAUAUUUAAAUACAUUUUCCUGUUGAUGAUCAUCAUACAAUGAUAAACAAAAAUAUAACAAUCAUAAACAUAGUUGUCAGAUCUUAUGUUAUCUGAACUGAGACAAAUUAAAGGUUUUGUUACAUCCUUUAUGAAUUCAAACAAUGAUUUUAUACAUAUUUUAUACAUAUAUGCAGUAUUCAAUCCUUUUUCAUAGACAUUUCGUUAUUUGCCCAUUAGAUGUCUCUGCAUGCUUCAGUAAGCACGUGUAUUGCACAUUGUCUUUAAAUAAACAACAAAUUCAUAAAUGUAUACAAUUUUACGUAUACGAGAGCAUAUAUAAUCAUUAAAAAAUCAAAUACAGAUAGAAAGUUAAAUAAAUCAAAAAAUAUUAAUGUAAAAAUAUGCUAAUGUAAUAUUUAGAAAAUAUUAAAUAUUUUAUAUUUCACUCUCUCUUAUAAUCAGAGUUUAAAUCUAUAUUAUUCAAAUGAUAAGGAAAUUUCAUACAUUUUUUACAAUCAAAAUUUCAAGUUAUAAAUUUUUAUUAAUAUUGACAAUUACAUAAAAUAAUUUGUAUGAUUAAUCUUGUUCUUGACAAAUAUAAAUUAUAAAUUUUAUGCACAAAUGGAUAUAAUACAAAAAGCAACUAGCUGAUAUAAGUUUUACUUCCUAUUUGGAGAAAUACUUAGUAAGUAGUUAGUUUUGUAUAUUUAAAAUGUUUAAGUUAUUGUGUACUUGUGUUAGAAAAACACAAUGUAUUAAAUAUUACAAUAAGCAGCAUUUACAUAUAAACAGUGGAGACUCUUUAUUGAAUAUGUCUGUAUCACAUUUAAAGCACUUUCUCAAGCAACAAUGUACAAAUAUUAUAGAAGGAUACACAUGCAUUAUAACAGACUGUCCUAUAUGUAGCAAUACAAAAAGAAAGUCAAAGCUUUAUGUAAAUAAAACAACAGGUCUUUUUAUGUGUGACAAGUGUAAAUGUACGGGUUCUUGGGAUAUAUUGGAGAGAUUUUUAUCAAUACAAAAGUCAGAUGAAAGGCUCAAUGAAUUCAAUAUGUUAAAAGAUAGAUGUUGUGUGAAAGAAAAUUUUCAACAGAUUUGGAAAAAUAUGACAGAUGAUUGCCAAAGCAUUAAAGAUUUAUCUGCUGAAGAAUAUAAAACUGUUCUCGACAAUUUUUUAUUUCCUGACAUUUCACAAGAAGCCCUGUCUCAGCUAAAGUGUUUCUACAACAAGACCAGCAAUGUAUUAUAUUUACCAUUAGUAGGUCUAAACAAUUCUAUAGUUGGAUAUAAAUUACUUUCAACCAAUCCACAAAAGGAAGAAACAGUUCCUGCCUCUGGUGUUAGUGGAUGUAUAGAGUACAAACAAUACCAUAGUAAAAAUGACAAUAGUGCUGUAGUUGUAGGAACGAUAGAUGAUAUGCUAUCUUUAAUAUCAAAGAAAUCUACAAGUUUCAUUAUAUGUCUCCCAUAUAAUUUAAGGAAUCUACCUCAACAAUUAUUACCAUACAUGGAAUCUUUUAAAAAAUUAAUUUUAUGGUUUGGGAAUGAUGAAAUAAGUUGGUAUACUGCUAAACAGUUUGCAAAAAAAUUUAAUGAAAAGCGAUGUUAUUUCAUUAGACCAACAGAGUCACAACCUCGACCAAAAUUGGCUGCCAAAAUGAAUUAUAAUCUCAACAAUAUUCUUCAAAAUGCUCAACCUCUAUGGCACAAAAGUAUAAUUACCUUUCAAGAUCUUAAAGAAGAAAUUUUAAGUGAUUUGCAAAACAAUGAUAAAGUACAAGGAGUAAAAUGGAAGCGAUAUCCAACUUUAAAUCGUAUAUUGAAAGGUCAUAGAAGAGGAUGUGGUAAGACAACCUUUAUGAGCGAAUAUUCCUUAGAUUUGGCAAUGCAAGGUGUUAAUACUUUAUGGGGCAGUUUCGAAAUAAGAAAUGCACGAUUAGCAAGAACAAUGCUACAACAAAUGGCAGGAGUACCUUUAGAUGAAAACCUCGAAAAUUUUGAUUCAUAUGCAAAUGCGUUUGAAAAAUUACCGAUUUAUUUUAUGACAUUUCAUGGCCAACAAAACAUCAAAGUAGUAAUGGAUGCAGUUGAACAUGCAACAUACAUACACGACAUAGCCCACGUCGUAAUUGAUAACGUUCAGUUUAUGAUGGGAACAAGUAGUGAUUCAAAAUACAUGGAUAGGUUUUGGAAACAAGAUGAAAUAAUAGCGAAAUUUAGAAACUUUGCUACCAUGUACAAUUGUCAUGUAACCAUGAUAAUACAUCCGCGAAAAGAACGUUCCGACGAAGAAUUAACAACUUCAUCGAUUUUUGGGAGUGCAAAAGCAAGUCAAGAGGCAGAUAACGUUCUUAUUAUUCAAGAUAAUAGACUCACCAGUCUUCGAGGCAAAAAAUAUUUGCAAAUAGCUAAAAAUAGAUAUAGCGGUGAUUUAGGUAUUAUGAUAUUAGAUUUUGAUAAAUCAAAGCUUAGUUAUACAUCAAGAUUAAAAGGUAAGGAGAAAAGUAAUGAAAAAAAGUAAUGAAGAAAGUAAUGAAAAAGAAAAUAUCUGUUAACAAAGGGAACAGUAAAUGAAGAUUAUUUUGGAAGAUGUUUUUGUGUAUAUGUUUAUCAAACAUCGGCGCUUCAUUUAGUAUGUCCGUUAAAAAUGUUUUUAUUAUUUUUAAUUAUAUAGCAAAAUUAUUAAAGAGAAAAUUGUGGGUCAGAAAUAAUCUCUACUGCAAAUAAGUUUCUGGGGUUAUAUAAAAAAUAUCUCUCUCUCAAUCUUUUGUUUACGAUAUAUACGUGAAUGUUGCAAUUAAAAUUUUAGAUCAGAUUAAUGUUUGCCAUCAUCAUAUCAUAUCGAUAUGAAUGAAAAAUCUAGAGAAAGACAAGAGAAAGAUAGUGGUAUAAAAAUUAGUUAUCGCACGAAUUGGUAAACUUGUAAAAAAGCUACUUCCUCUUCGAUAUUGAUGAUUUUGAAAUAUGUUAUAGAAAUCAACAUUUUUAACAACUUUCUCCUAUUUUUCUUUUUUCGGCCUUAAUUUCCGAGAUAUUCGCAAAAUACUGCUGAUAUCACUAUAGUGUAUUUCUACCUAUAGUUGUACGUCUGUGGCAGUGUAUGCGCCAGUUAGGUUGCCGGCCACUGACUGCUUAUAUUAUAUGUAAGUCGGGCGAACUUAAAGGCCCCGUGCACGAUUGCAUAUAGGAGGCUGCAAGAAAUGUCUGUUACAAUUCAAUUAAAUAUGAAUAUCAUCAAUGUAUUGGGUUUGGGUUUAUGUUAAUUUUUUUUUUUCAAUCCGGCCGCCUGAUGGCAAUGCUUGCAUUAAAUAAUAAGUUAAUUAAAAGAAUAGAAGGUGAUUGAAUAAUUGAUAUUAUUUUACGAAAAGAAUAAUUGUUAUUGUUUCGCGCAAGCGUUGCCGAUCGUCACGAUGAAAAAAUUAACCCAAAACCAAACCAAAUACAUUGAUGAUAUUCAUUCUUAAUUAAGUUAUAAGUUAUAAUAAACAUUUCUUGCAAUCUCGCAUAUGACAUUGUCACGGGGCCUUUAAGCUUGCCGGAUCCUCGUUUAUAAACAAAAGAUAAGCGGCCGGCAGCCGGCAACCGGCAAUCUAACUGGCGCAUACACUGCCACAGGCGCAUAACUAUAGGCAGAAAUACACUAUAGUGAUAUCGGAAGUAUUUUGCAAAUAUCUCGGAAACUAAAGCCGACCACCGGUUAUAUGUAUAGAAAAAAAUUGUUCAAAAUGUUGAGCUUUACAACAUAUUUAAAAAUCAUCGGAUCGAAGUAGAUUUUCUACAAAUUCUCCCACAAAUUAAUUUGUACAUACUUUCUGUAUUCCGACUUGUAAAUUUAAAAUAUCGUGAACACGUCUAAGCAAUUAUAUGUAUUUGCUAUGGUAUCUGUCUUUCACGGAUAAUCGGAUGUGUAUAAAAAUACAGCAUCUCACUGCUUUGCCGACUACAUGUUUUUCACGUGGGUACAUGUGGGUAGUAAAAUUAUAUCAGAAGAGAUGAACUAAUCUAAUGAAUAACAUGGUGAAGACAACGCUUUUAGGAACUGUAUCUUUUAUUGUAUAUAUUAUCGUGAAUAACUAAACAAUCAAAGGUAGAAGAUAUUAAUAAAUUUCGAAACGGA